AUGGCAUGAUGGCGUCUUGUUUUCGUCUCUGCUACUCUUGCAGAAAUCGCUUGCAAGGAGUCCGUGCAUUCACCAGAAAGUCGUUGCUAUCCCGUGCCUGUCAUUCUAGUCAACCCUGGAACAGUACCAAAGGUUCCCCCAAAGUAAAUCUAUGGGAGGAAUAUCAAAAAGUCAAGGACUCUGUUGAGGCUGCUGUAAGUCACAACCCCAUCCCAGAUAUCCAAGCAGAUGCAGUGUUUGCCAAUAAUGAAACCAAACUGGCCGACAUUGAUGUGUACGGCUUUGAUUAUGACUACACCCUUGCAACAUAUAAACGGGAACUCCACGAUUUGAUCUAUGAACUUGGUAGAGAGGCCUUGGUCCAACUACAUAAGUACCCAGACAACAUCAAAUUGUUGAAGUACAACCCUGACUUUGCUGUGAGGGGUCUUCAUUAUGAUGUGCAGAAAGGUCUCUUGAUGAAAAUAGAUGCAUUCCACAAUAUUCAGCCUGGAACAGUGUACAGAGGGCUGACAUCACUGUCAAUGGAUGAAGUGAUCUCUCUCUACGAAGGCACACAUGUCCCUGUUGAAAACAUGAACUCCUUCCAUGGCACUGGCAAGCACAUGCAUCAGCUGAUGGACUUAUUUGCAAUACCAGAGAUGACUUUACUGGCCAAUGUGAUUGAGUAUUUUAUCCAAAACAAUAUCCCAUACGACUCGGAGUAUGUGUUCCAUGACGUGCGGAAUGCGGUACAAGGUCUACAUACAUCAGGAACUUUACAUCAGCAAGUCAUGGGAGAUUUAGAUUACUACCUGGGAUUCGGUAGCGGUGUGUCGGAUUUAAUCAAGAGAUUAUCAGCUGCCAAGCGAAAGCUCUUCCUCAUCACAAACAGUCCUUUCUCAUUUGUUGAUCGUGGUAUGAGUUUCAUCAUGGGCUCAGAAUGGACCGAAUAUUUUGAUGUGAUAAUCACAAGCGCUAGGAAGCCAAAGUUCUUCAACGAGUCACAGAGACCCUUUAGAGUUUACGACAGAAAUCUAGGAACAAGGACAUUUGGACGGGUCAUGUCGUUUGAGAAAGGAUUCAUUUAUACAGAGGGCAACCUGGCACACUUCCGAGAACUUACAAACUGGUUUGGAUCAAAGGUGCUAUAUUUUGGUGACCAUGUCUACAGUGACUUAGCGAGGGGUUGUCCUGAUGAUGAAUCGGACCCCAACUUGAAACAUGGCUGGCAUACUGGUGCUAUCAUCCCUGAGUUGGAGGACGAGAUUCAAGUGAUCAACUCAGCCAACUUCAAGCAGACGAUACGGUGGCUGUUGGCGCUACAGGAUCUCAUUGAGAAGAUGCAGGUCGCCCAGUUUCAAGGAAAGGUUCAUGAAGAUGCAGAAUCACAAGCAACCAUCGCUGAGUGGUUACGGGAACGGGACGAACUUCGAGUCACCAGCAAGAAUGUCUUCAACCCAUAUUUUGGCAGUUUGUUCCGGACAUAUCACAAUCCUACCUACUUCUCACGUCGUCUGUCAAGAUUCGCAGAUCUCUACAUGGCAUCGAUUGAAAACUUAAUGAACUAUUCGCUGAAUCAUACGUUCUAUCCUCGGCGAGCAGCGCUCCCACAUGAGGUUGGAAAUUACCAUUACUAGAACCACCAAGAUGUUCUGACGUGGUUUCUCAUCCAGAGAUACUAUAGUGUAAGCCGAGAAUCAUGCUCUUGUCAUCAAAAAGCAAGAAUAAGAAUGCACAAGAAUCACGUUAUGGUGAAAUUAGUAUUGUUCAAUUUGCAGAAAUCAGUCUUCUCAGUUUACGGAACUGUACAUGUGUAUAUACACCUGGUGUGUUUCAUUUGAAUAGACUUCAUAUCAUCAUUCUGUCGUGUCCAAUAUCUUGUACUUAGAUACAAAUUUUGUGAAAACAUUAACUGACUUACAAGCUAGUGCUUAAGAAUAGAGAUUGUGCAAGCAUUUGUAGGGUGUGCCGUAACCAUUCAGUUUGAGAGUUUUAAUUGUUUAAUAGCAAGUUUAGAAACCAUACUACAUGACAAUAGUGGUAAGUUUACACUUGACAACUACCCUCUUCAAUGUUCUGAUUCCAUUGUCCUGUUAAACUGUUAGGGGACAGGUGCCUAGAUGUCAUGUUCUAACAACAGUAGUGCAGCCGUACCAUAUCAGUCCUUACCCUCCAAGGAAAACUGGUCGUACAACAGUCCACUACAACCAGACUUGACGUAGAAACUUGCUCAGUUUUUGUAUUACUGAUUUCAAAGUCCUAGAAUCAAGGAGUUUGAUGAACCCAAAGACUCAAUUACUUUUGUGUGGUGCGUGCCUCAUCCUCACAGUGGUGUGAGCCGCAGAUCUGGAGAUAGACUGCAGUCUACUUGUCCUUUAUCUGUUCACCUUAGGCCUUUGUGCUGCUGUUUUAGUGAUAAUCUGGUGUAACAUUAAUGUCUUGUGUACAUAGUGUGCAUAGGAGCCGCCAAAUGGUUCUCGUUAUACUUUGUGAUGUUUUGUUAGAAAUAAACUGGUAGUCUUUUAUAA